AUGAGGCAAGAAGAGCUACGAAUGAAAUGGCGUCUUCCAAGUACGCGAACGAGAGCAGAAUACUACGGUGAAAAAACAUCGGUUUAUGAGAUGACAACCCACUUACUACUAGGAGUAGCAGCUCCCGAAAUACGGCUGGAGAAUGGAGCCACGCAUCGAGCAAUUGCGGCGAAGCGAGUCCUGUCCACUGACCAGGAUGAUGGCCAUCAGGUUUCAGUGGUAGGCACUCGAAGAUGGUGCUCCUGCAGUCAUUUCCACCUGCGAAUACGACGCGGAGGCGGCGGCGGCUUUGGAGAAAGGCCACACCCGGGCACAGCCUUGCGUCGUCGAGCAUGGAGACCAGACGGGUCUAGGAGCAGCCGUCGGGCCAGCAGUUUCGCGCUGAUGGAGGUGAAACGCCUACUCGCGUCCCACCCACUCACUCACCCAUCCACCGGCUACGACGACACCCACGUCAGGUACACGUUCACCGCCGCAGCACUUGCUGACCGUGGCGUCGGCAUGUCCGGCAGCACCGUCCACCUUGACUGGAAAGGUGAUUUACUGAUGUGA